ACACAGCUGUGGCGAUGCCCAUGCUUUAUAAUACCCGCUACAGCUCUAAGCGCAGAGUCACCGUCAUGAUUGCGGUGGUUUGGGUCUUGUCAUUCGCCGUCUCCUGCCCACUGCUUUUUGGGCUCAACAACCCAGAGAAGAAUGAGUGUAUCAUUGCCAAUCCUGCCUUUGUUGUGUAUUCCUCUAUCGUCUCCUUCUACGUUCCCUUCAUUGUCACCCUGCUGGUGUACGUACAGAUAUACAUAGUGCUGCGGAAACGCAGGAAGCGUGUCAACACCAAGCGCAUCGCCACCCACGUGGGCCCGGACUCUGACACUCAGGCGCCACUGAAGGACAAAUGCACUCAUCCUGAAGACGUGAGGCUGUGCGCACUCAUCGUGAAGUCCAAUGGGAACUUCCCGGUGAAUCAACGCAAAGUGGAAGCCGUGAAUCACAUUGAAGAGAUGGAACUGGCGACCAGCACUAGCCCUCCAGAAAAAAGCAAACACAACAAAGCACCCACGCUUGGCCACAAUGAAUUAGUCCUGCCGGCCACCUCCAAACAGUGUGCCAAUUCAGGUCUGCAGUCUCCAAUGGACAGCCCAUCACAAGUGGAGAAGAACGGGCACACAACCAACCACCCCAAGGCAGCCAAAGUCUUUGAGAUCCAGACCAUGUUUAAUGGCAAGACAAGGACCUCCCUCAAGACCAUGAGCAGGAGGAAAUUUUCACAGCAGAAGGAGAAGAAAGCCACCCAGAUGUUGGCCAUUGUGCUUGGUGUCUUCAUCAUCUGUUGGCUCCCCUUCUUCAUCACCCACAUCUUGAACAUGCACUGUGACUGCAACAUCCCUCCAGUCAUGUACAAUGCCUUCACGUGGCUCGGCUACGUCAACAGUGCAGUGAACCCCAUUAUUUACACCACCUUCAAUAUUGAGUUCCGAAAGGCCUUCAUGAAGAUCCUCCACUGCUAACUCCCCUGGAUGGCUGGAUGUGUGAACAGCACGGGUCAUACUGCAGGGGUAUUGGAUCUAGAGACAAGCUCACAGAAUUACGUGCCAUACCUUCAUGUUUUGACAGCUGCGGUGGGUCAGCAGUCUUGGCCAAAGGCUGUCUCAUGGGCGAGGUGACAUUUGGACUCAGAGGAAAUGGAGCAAAAGAGUUCAUUUCAAAUGCCACAUUUUGCACUGGGUUUUUAAAAGAAAAAUCUAAGUUAAACUCACACACACACACACACACACACACAUCACUUGUGGCCAACAAGACAUUCCAAGCGUUGGCCCCAAACAGACUUUGCUGACGGCUUCUGCGUUGCCAUUUGCGAUGCAUUUCUCACCAAAGACACUGUCCCCCUGCCUGCUUGGCCCCUCCCAAAAGCCAACGUUCCUGGGAAUCAUGAGCAUCCUCCAGCUGCCCACUUGGGAUUUUAUUGAACUGCUAAAGUCUGGCAUGAGCAGCUCCUUAAAAGCAAUCGUUUAGCCAUCUAUGAACCAGAGGGAAGGGAACCUUCGAAAAACAGAACUUCAGGGCCGAGCGGGAAUACCAUUUCGCCAAUGUAGAUAUGGAUAAAUAGAAUGAAUUGAGCGGAAGCCCAAGACAAAAAAAAUAAAUAAACCAACAAGAUAUCAAAAAUCUUGCUUUGUACAGUAUGCGUUGUAUUUAAUCGGGUCAUCAACAGUCAGAAGCAGCCAUCCCUGGUCCUCUCGAACAGCAUCUUCUCUGAUGAUGGGCCCUUGCGUACGAGUGAACCCAAAACUGGCAGGAGGGAGGGAUGGGAGCCUGUGCAGGACAAAGACCCAGUCGGAGAAUCACAGUUGAGGUCUGGAGAAAGCAGAAUGGGGCUGAGAUUCUAAGGUUGCCUUUGGCUGACGCAUCUCUGCUAGCAAACACAGAAAGCAGCAGCAGGCAGAGAUUUCUUUCAGAGGUGUACUGCCUUGGUAUGCAGUAGAAGAGCCAGAUUUACAUCCAGUAGCACUUUGGAGAACCACAAGAUUUUUGAGGAAUGAGCUUUGAAGAGUCAGAGUUUUGAUUCUGAAAAGCUCAUACUCAAAAUCUGAUGGAUCUCUAAGGUGCUGGGAAAUGGGGUUGAGUUGCAGCCAACUUGUUAUGACCCCAAAGGGUUUUCAAGGCAAGAGUCAAUCAGAGCUGGCUUGCCGUUGCUUGCCUCUUCAUGGCAGAAACUCCUAUCCAAACACUAACCGGGGCUGCCCCUGCUUCUGAGUUCUGACGAGAUUGGGCUAGCUUGUGCCAUCCAGAGUUUUGACUCUUAAAAACUCAUACUCAAAAUCUUGUGGACUCUAAAGGUGCUGCUGGACUCUGGCGCUUAUGAACUUGUGACUCGUCUUUGCUGAAGAACUCUGUGGAGCAGGCAGGCCUAAAGAGUGGAUUUUAUUAUCAGCUGGGCUUCAACUAUUCUCCCAGACUGGGAAGAGGAUGAAGAGCGCCAAGGCAGCAAAAGUGAUCCAUGUUGGAUAGUCAUCUGAUGUGUUUGCCUCAUAUGUGGAGUGCAUGAUGGACUGUGGAAUGCACAAUUCAUUGGAAGAUUAGUUUUGCUUGGGUAUGUGGUGGAGGGACUGUGGCUCAUAGUGACACAACCCUGCUUCAUGUUCAUAAGAUCCCAAAUUCAGCCUAGUUAGAGGAUUUGGGCACCAGGUGAUGAGAAAGACCUUCCUUUAGGGCACAGGUGUCAAACUUGCAGCC